UUGCAGUUUCACAUCCACACACCAUCGGAGCACACCAUCGAUGGGGAGCAUUACGACAUGGAAAUUCACUUCGUGCACAAGACUGAUGACCCCAAGGCAAAGAGCAAGGUGAGACCCAAGGGAGCCUCUGCAACCCGCCUGACAGGUCGACAGAUCAUGGUCAUGCUGCUUCCCAUCGACUUCGCUGACAUCUCCCAGACCGUGAUGAUAGGAUCGCUGACUCACAGAGGAGCCGAUGCCUUCUCCUUCGUCCCCAACUUCAAGAACUACCUCACCUACUCGGGGUCCUUUACGACUCCUCCUUGUUCAGAGGGCGUGCAGUGGGUCCUGCUGAGGAAUCCUAUCUACGUCUAUUCCAAGGACUUGCAGGUGAUCCGGAGCCUGGAAGGAGCAAAUGCUCGCCCUGCACAGCCGCUCAAUGGCCGUCAUGUG